GUCUUGCUGCCCGGCAAAGGGCGUGGCCUCGUCGCUUCGCGUUCGGUGGAGGCCGGAGAACUCCUGAUGGUGUCACGGGCCCUCUUCUUGGCCCCAGCAGACCAAAUACAGCAGUUGGCUGUGAGUUGGAUCCUGGAGGCUACACCUCGGAAGAAGCAGCAGUUCUACUCCUUGUUCGAUGGAACCAAUGGACAUCUUCUGCCCUCUUUGGAUCUGUACCGCCCUGGCCGUGAUGAAAAGCCAGCACCAGGAGGUCUUCCGGACCGUUUACAUCCAGAUCGCAUCUACAAGAUCCUGGCCCUCAACGGCUUCCAGGCAGACAAGUUUCAUGCCGCAAGCGCCACGGAUCCCGGUCGGGCGAAAGAGCUUCUGAGGCCUAACGAGGAAGAGCCGGGGACCGCAGUCUCUGGGCUGUGGGCUGUGCCGUCCUUGAUGAACCAUGCAUGUGUCCCCUCGACGCUAACGGUGCCCCUCAGCCGCGCGACAUUGGCCUUCGUGGCGGCUCAUUCAAUCGAACCUGGCGAAGAAAUCACCUUCCGCUACUGCACUCUGAUGAUGCCAGUGGAGCUCCGCCGGACCGAACUCCGGCGUCAAAAAGGCUUCGACUGCCAGUGCAAGCGAUGCACUCUCGAAGCUGAAGCUGUUCCGGCAGAGCUGGCCCAACGGCUUCUCCACGUGCAGCAGCGUGCUGCCAAGUUGGAGCUGAAGCCUGAAGACUUCUUGGCAGCCUUGGACGAGGUAGCGGCCGUCACACGUCGCGAGAUCAGCUGCUGCGCAUCACGCUGGGCUGCAGCGACCCCAGGUGCGGAUGCAGCCUGCGUCACAGAG